AUGGGGAAAGAUUUCCACAUUGACUGCUUUAGAUGUGAGGUUAGUAGUUGAAGCAUUUCAUGACAAGGAGAGGCAAGAAUCAGAGCUAAAAUGCUUUAAUAAUAAAAUUACCAGAUUUCAAUAUUGUACACUCGGUGAUGGUGGAUUUCAUACUGCUUUGAUCUUUUCAAAAACAGCAGGUUUUUGUGCAAACUGUGAUGUCAUAAGAUUCUUUGUAUUAAGUAGGUCUUCCUAUAUAUUUGUGAAGCAGAAAGAUCAUUAUAUGCACCGAAGGAGAGAGUUACAUAGUCUUUGAGUGAAUUUUUGUGCCAUGUGUCACUGACUUAGUCUUUUACAUUUUUUACUCUCUAUGUCUGCUGGGGCACCUUAUGCUACCUUACAAAAAUCCAUCUAAUCCACCUCUGUAAUAAAUACUGUCAAUGAGUAAAAAAAGUUUAUUUCCAUAUUUUUCAGGAGUGUGGACUUCAGUUGUCAAGCAAGCAGCAGUGUUAUCCUAAAGACCAGCAUCUACUUUGUAGAAAAUGCCAUGUUAAAAAAACUCGCAAGUCAAAAUCACCACAAGAGACCCCAUGUAAUUCACCUUCUGACUCACCAAAUGUCACUCCUCGCUGUCUUCCACGUGCCAGACCUCGCAUUUUACGUGGACGCAAUCAGUGA